AAAACCCUAACCCCAAUUAAAAAAAAAUAAAAAUAAAAAUAAAUAAAUAAAAAGGAAACAGAACGUCCCCCCUGCUGCAAUGCCCUGCACGCCCUUUUUUUGCGUCCCUCUUUUGCUACAGCCCGAUCCUGCAGCGCUCUGCCCCCCCUGCUUGCUGCGAACUGACUCUGCGCCCGUCCCCUGCAACCCGCUCUGCGCUUGCUCUGCCCAUCCGUCACUCCAGAAGCCCUGUACAAGAGACAAAAAAAAAAAAAAAGCUUUCGGUCCUUUGCUUUCCAGCCUGCAGAAAUCAGCAGCUGUCGAGAGGUUAAAGGGUUCAAAUUUUGGCGUUUUGAGGAUCAACGGUGGAGAAGACAAGGCCGGAUCGGAAGGCUAGGAAGAGGAGGGUUUUUGCCUUUGCUUUUGCUUGGGUAUAAAUAUGGGUUUUUAGGUUAGAAAUGGAGGGGUUCUUUUGGUUUGGAUGUGGUGUUGACGGCGGAGAAAAGGAGGGAUUUUUCUGCUAGAAGGAGACUGUUUUGUGAAAGGAGAUUGUGGACUUCAUCUCAUUGUUAGGUAUAGCUCUCAACGGGGGAUUCUUUUUUAGGAAAAUGGUGAAGGAGAUGGUGGAAGCUUGAUCCCGUGGGUGGGAUUCUUUCUAUCAGAUCCAGAUCUGUUUUUCUUUUAAAGAUCUGCCGUGCUUGUUUUUAUUUUUCUGUGGGUGUUUGCUUUUCUUUUUUAGAUCUGAUGUUAAGCUUGUAUAUUUGUCAUUGGAAAAUUGAAUGAAAAGUAAAAAAAAUU